AUGCAAGCAGAUGUGGAUCUCUUCGAGACCUCGAAGGGAAUCAGGGUGGACGGACAACCGAUAGAACUCGUCGAUGAGUUCUGUUACCUGGGCUGUAUGCUGAAGAACAACGGCAGCUACGAGAAAGAUAUUCAGCAAAGAUGCGCUAAAGCCAUUUCCGCAUUCAACUCGUUAACGAAAUGCCUGUGGUCGACCCCCAUCACCAACGAAGUCAAGCUGCGAGUCUACUUAUCCGCAAUUCGCCCCAUCAUGAUGUACGGAUCAGAGACUUGGACAGCACCAUCAACGGUUAUGGAGAGGCUUGACUGCACGGAACGAAAGCUGCUUAGACGGCUACUUGGCUACUUUUGGCUUAGGGUAUAUCACAAUGAAGAUCUUUACGCAGAAAUUGAUGUGGUACACCAGCGGAUGACACGUGGAAAACAUCAACAUCUUGCACUGCCAUCGAAAGUGGCUAAAGUAAAUCGUCUUCGCUUCUUUGGUCAUAUAUUAAGGAGACCGGCAGAUCGCCUUAUUCAGCGAGUUUUGAGGAGUUCGUCGGGUUCGAGCUGGAAGAAGCCACUUGGCCGAAAACGGAAGUUCUGGACUGAGGCGGUGAAAAAGGACCUGAGGACACUCGGCGUGGAGAGGCAGUUCAGACGAGACGUAAGGUUUCGCAGAGUAUGGAAUAGCGACGAAUGCAUUGAUUCUGUGCAAGCUCUCGCAGAAGAUCGAGAAGGUUGGGCAGAGCUGUGUUCAAGAACGGCACACCUCGGCGAAGAUGCGGGUAAUCGCGUCAGGCGAUGA